GAAAAAAAAAAAAGAAUUGGGACUUCUUCCAUAUUCAUAAAGUUUAACCCUAAUUUCUCCAUCGUAUAUAAACAAACGCCUCUCUCCACCAAAUCUUCAUCAUCCGUCUUAUUGACUUUUAGCUUUGAUUCUUCAUCUUCGAUUCUCUCGUCGUCUUCUAAGAACAGAGGUGUGUCUCCAGAUCCUUGCGCGUGGUAGGGAUCUAUUUCGAGUUUUGUUGUUGUCGAUGUUAUUAUGGUUUCAAUCCUCUUAUGUGAUCUGUUCUUAGAGCGUGUUUUGCUUACAGGAGGUAACAGUUUCGAUCCCCUGCAAGUGGAAAGUUUGAAGCUUUCUUUUAUGUCUGACAAGAUUUCACCGUUUUGCUGUCAAUCUGGUUGCGUGGAAACUACUCUCCUGCAUCCGGAGCUACGUACUACCACAAGCUCUUUCAUCACCCUAGGCUCACGCAUCUUCAAACCCGAGACUCCCCCUCCUCUCUCUGACUAAACUUAAACAUGGCGCUGCAGAACAUUGGUGCGUCCAACCGCAACGAUGCCUUUUACAGGUACAAGAUGCCCAAGAUGGUUACCAAGAUUGAAGGCAAAGGUAACGGCAUCAAGACCAACAUUGUCAACAACGUCGAGAUUGCAAAGGCCCUGGGGAGGCCUGCUUCUUACACGACCAAGUACUUUGGUUGUGAGCUUGGAGCGCAGUCCAAGUUUGACGAGAAGACCGGGACUUCGCUUGUGAAUGGAGCUCACAGCACGUCUAAGCUUGCUGGGCUUCUUGAGGUUUUUAUUAAGAGGUAUGUCCAGUGCUAUGGAUGUGGGAACCCUGAGACUGAGAUUGUUAUUACCAAGGCGCAGAUGGUGAAUCUCAAGUGCGCUGCUUGUGGGUUUAUCUCUGAGGUUGACAUGAGGGAUAAACUGACGACGUUUAUUCUGAAGAACCCACUGGAGGCGAAGAAGGGGGGAAAGGAUAAGAAGGCUAUGAGGAGAGCUGAGAAGGAGAGGCUUAAGGAAGGUGAAGCAGCUGAUGAGGCGCAGAAGAAGCUCAAGAAGAAAGCACCUUCCAACGGGAAGGAGGCUUCUUCUAGUAUGUCCAAGAAUCAUACUUCUGAUGAGGAUAUCAGCCCAAAGCGUGAUGAUGAGAGUGCAGAUGAUGAAGACGAUGAUGAAGACGAUGAUGAUGGUAUCCAGUGGCAAACCGAUACUUCUAGAGAAGCAGCUGAGAAGAGAAUGAAGGAACAGCUGAGUGCUGCAACUGCUGAAAUGGUGAUGGUCUCUUUAAAAGAAGAGGAGGAGAAGAAGUCGCCCAAGAAGCUCGUGCAGGUGAUGAAAGAGUAUCUGAAGAAAGGCUCAACCAUAAGCGAGGUCAAAGCUUUCAUCUCCUCAUUGCCUGAUCCUCCUCAGGAUGUCAUGGACGCACUCUUGAACGCCCUCUUUGAUGGUGUAAGCAAAGGAUUUGCUCAAGAAGUGACGAAGAAGAAGAAGUACUUAGCGGCUGCAACGCAAGAGGAUGGUUCACAGAUGCAUCUGCUCAACUCAAUCGGAUCUUUCUUUGGAAAGAAAGGAAACGAUGAGGUGUGUAAGGAGGUGGCUCUGGUUCUUAAAGAACUGUACGAUGAAGACAUUGUUGAGGAAGAGUUUGUUUUGGAAUGGUACCAAAAGGGUCUAAACGGAGUUGACAAAAGCUCGCCUGUUUGGAAGAAUGUUAAGCCUUUUGUGGUGUGGCUCCAGAGCGCUGAGUCCGAGACCGAAGGGGAGGAGGAUUGAGAGAUUGUUUUGUUCUUUUGGCUGUUUUUUUUCUUUAAUGGGAUUUAUUUCAGUUUAUUUAUCGUCAGUGUUUUAAACCAUUUUGUUUUGAAAAUGCUAUCUGUCAUUUGACUUUUUGGUAUAAUUGUCGUUUGUUACAUAAUAACACUAGCUUAUUUAA